UCAGAUUGUGUUUGUGCCUUGUGCCACUGGGCGUCCGUGUCGGUUUGCAAAACAUUUCUCAGUUUUCGUUUCACCGUGCACAGUGCACACGCACGCACAAAAUCGUUACUGUUGUUAUUAUUAUUCUAUUGUAAUUUUUUUUCCAUCAGUUUCGAGUAGGUUUUUAUUAUUGUCAUCGUCGUUAUUAUUAUCGAAACGUAUCAAUCUUUAUUAGUAUAUUAAAAAAUCGUUAAUAUUAUAUUAUAUUGUUGUUCGUCGCGUUUUGUUUUUUUUUCCCAAAAUAUUUUAUCAUCCGCCGCCGCCGCCGUCGUCCGCGUUUACCGAGCAGCUCUCUUCUUCCAACGCCCGCACCACACGCCGAUCUCCGGACGCGUCGUGUCAACGUAAAACCCACUGCUUGCUGAUCGUUGAACCUCUCACGGAAAACCGAUCAUCGCCAAAACGAACGCAUCGGGGACGCGCCACCGUAGUGUAGCAUGUUAGGCCGCCAGUCGUCCGCCCUUCUACGUUUGUGAUAAACAAAGUUUUUCGAUACGGCCUCAAGCUGUGGACUGCAACGCCCUAUUUGAUCCCCCAUCAGGGGCUAUACUAUCCACAAAUGGUUCAAGGAGGAAUUGAUCCAUAUGCAUCACUCGCGGCAGCGUCUGGUGCAUUCCCUAUGCAACAACCCGGACAAAUGGCUGCGAUGACGCUUAAAAUGGCCAAUCCCCAGCAACCAACUCUAAUGCCAGCCACGGUGGCUGCACCUCAAAAUACAGCUCCACUUCCACCACAGGUGACUGUAGAAAGUGAUCCACCGUUGCCACCUAUUGCAUACUCACCCCCGACUGGGCUUAAUAUGUCCAUGGCGUCAUCACAACAACAGCAGCAGCAGCAUCAACAGCAUCAGCAACAUCAGCAGCAGCAGCAACAACAACAACAGCAGCAGCAACAACAACAACAACAACAACAACAACAACAACAACAACAACAACAACAGCAGCAACAACAACAACAACAACAGCAGCAAUCUGUUGGAUUAAUCAAGUCUGACCAACAACAAAUCACAGUCACUACAGCAUCACAACCGUUGGAAUGUACUAAUGCUACAAAUGCGUUGACUACACCGGUGUCAGUAUCUGUAGCCUCACCAACGAACAUUACCAAUGUUGGCGCUGGGUCCCCUUGUUCAUCUAGCGAAGACAAAAAUAUCCAAUCAAAGAGACUUCAUGUAUCAAAUAUACCCUUUAGAUUUAGAGAGCCUGACUUGCGUGCCAUGUUUGGGCAAUUUGGACCAAUUCUUGAUGUUGAAAUAAUAUUUAAUGAGCGUGGAUCAAAGGGAUUCGGUUUUGUAACGUUUGGGAAUAGCGCUGACGCUGAUGAGGCUCGCGAACAUCUUCACGGAACAGUUGUUGAAGGCAGAAAAAUAGAGGUGAACAAUGCAACAGCAAGAGUGCAAACUAAAAAAGUAGCUGCGCCUUUGCAAUUACCAAAUGUAUUACUCUCUAGAAACGGAGUAUUGCCGAACCUUGCCGCUGCAGCAGCACUCAGAGGGGCAGCUAUACAACGUGGCCGGGCUGUGGCGGCCGCGAACGCCGUCAGGAACGCGGCCGCAAUGGCUGCUGUGGCCGCGGCGUCCAACGGCGGAUUUCCGUCGGUCGGUGCUCCAGGAUUCAACACCGCUAGACUGCCAGCGACCAGCAUUGCCGUCACGCCCAAUCCGUUACAAGCUAUAAACACGGCUCCCGGUUCUUACGCCCCUAAAAUGUGUUUCAGUGGAGUGUACUAUGAUCCAUUCCUGGCAGCUCAAGCUGCAGACAAUAACUACAGGUUACAGGCAGGAGCAGUCAAUGAGGUAGCUGCCGCAGCAGCAGCCGCGUCACCCCUACUUAAGGCCGCAGCCGCAGCCCAGGGGACUCCAGCGUUGUCGUCCGCCGCAGCGGUGGCCCAAGCGCAACAGGCAUCCUACGUUGCCGCCGCCACGUACACAGCCGCAGCGGCUAGAGCGUAUAACGCGGCGGCUGCAGCCGCCAACAACCAGAUGGCCAACCCGGCGGCCGCCGCCGCUGCUACGUACACGGCGUUGCCAGCUGGAUAUACUGGGCGUGAAUACACCGCAGAAUCAUACUUAGCUAGUCACGGUAUUGGUCCAGUCACUGGAUACGGGCCAAUGUACCGAAGUGGCUACAACCGAUUCACCCCGUACUGAUUAUAAUAUAUAAUAUAAUAAUAUUAUCCUAUGAGAUUAUUAUAUACAUUACGAUUAAUUAUAAUUUUUACUCGUGCAUAUAUAUGUAAGAAGGCAGCCAUAUAAAAUAAUAUAUAUAUAUAUAUAUUAAAUCCAUUGAUAUACAUAAAUAUUUGAUAACGCGGUGAAGAGAUGAAUUUAGAUUAAUGUCUCUCGUCUGAUACUCCCUCUCCUGACCGUGUGAACUUGGGCAACGAUUUUUGUAAUAUUUUUUAAAAAAUCAUUUAACACCAUUUAAACAUAGAUAUUAUAUAAUGUACAUUGUACUUAUUACACGAUUAAUUAAUAAUUGUAGUCGUUUGCAUUUAUCUCUGUUACCGACGUUGUUAAUAUUGCGUAAAAUGUAUAAAAGCUGACCACCCCCGAUCCUUUAUCCUUCACCUCGACCGCUUGACUUUUUUUUAAAUAGUUUAAUUAUUAUAGGUAUUUAUGUAUAUUAACGAUUUAGGACUCCAAACCCUUUCCGAAUUUUGUACAUCCAUAUACUUUGUACGCCAUUUAUUUAUUUAUAUUAUUAUUUUAAUUGUUAUUAUAUGAUUAUUAUUAUUCGAUUUCCAAUCCCUGCUGACCAUCACUUGCUCCUUCUCUACCCCGUUUCCAAAUAUUGUUGAAAUACAUUAAUAAAUAGUAACUAUGAACAAAAUAUCAUGACAAAAAUAUAUAUAUAUAUAUAUAUAUAUAAAAAAAUUACCUUAGAUUAUGCUUAUAUUUGUAUGAUUAUAAUACAUUAUAUUUGUUAUUAUUAUUAUUUGACAUAAAAUCGUUUGAAUCUCGAUUGAUGGACAUUCGUGAGUUGGUGGGGAAAAAAAGAAUCUCGACAGUAAUAAUUAUUUUUCAUAGAUAAUGAUGGAAUAAUAACAACAUCGAAAGGCGUUGGUAGUGGGUUUUCUCUUUUCUAAGAGUAAAAUUUUAUCGCCGCCGUUGCCUUUUGAUUACGUUUGUUGCUAAAAUACUACCUUAGACCACGAUUAUUUUAGCGACUUUGUGUGUAUAUAUAUAUAUGUUCAUGUGUAUAUAUAUUAUUUUAAAUUAUAGGAAAAACGAUCUGAAUGUUCACCAACCAACAAUUAUAUAUUAUAUAUAUUACAGCUCUCUCAAUUUGUUUGUUUAUAUGUUUUUUUUUUUUUAGUUCAUUUUUAUAAUAAUAUAUUAUAAUUUUAAGUUUUAUUAUUACUAUUAUAUUUUUUCUUUUUUACGGAAGCUCCGAACAAGAAACAUCACACUUAGAUUUUUUUUUUUUGUUUUUAUAAUACAAUUAUUAUUAUCAUUAUUAUUAUAUAUAUAUUACUAUUUUAAAUUUCUGUACAAUCGUGUCUAGUUAAUUUAUUUAUUCUGUUAGCGAGUACAAAAUGGCGAUAUAAUAUUUAUUUAUGUAUAUUAUUAUGAAUAAUGAUAAUAAUAAUAAUAGCGCACAACAUAAUAUUAUAUACAUUUUUUUUCUAAACAAAAGGACCGCACAAAUAUUAUCGUGUUACGAAACCAAAAAGAAAAAAUAAUUUAAACAAAAACAAUUGUGUACCAAUUAUUCAAUUGUUAAUAUAUUAUUAUAAAAUAUAUACUUUAAAUCCAAAUUUUGUUUAUC